CAGAUGUAUCCGCAAGUUGAUCUUGCUGUUGAACACGACUUCGCCUGGGUAGAAGAACUCAAUGAACUACUGGCAAGAGCGACGCUUCACUACUGCAGCAACGCAAUCGGUGAUUACGAACCGCAACACGUGGCGAAUUUCGCCUGGGGAAUGAGCAGCCUAGGUUUCUCGGGGUUUUUUCAGAGCGACGGCGCGCGGAGUGUACAUCAUUUGUUACAGGCCCGCAUUGUGCGCGAAGUCCGACUGAGUUGUUUUUCUUGUGGCCACCAGAAGACAGUGACAGAUCCGACGUCGGCCGCUACCACAAAAUCCUGGAGCCCACAGCACAUCGCAAACUUUACUCACGCUAUGGUGCGGGGACCCGAGAACGCGGCUGGUGUUGCUCGUACAGAUUACAGCUUCGAAGAAGAAGUACAAGCAGAUCCAGUAGUGCACAUCACACCUUGGUCAACAUUCUCACAGGAGAAUGUACAACGUGGUGCGCCAGCACGACCAUCCAUUGCGGGACUUCCACAGGCGGAGCGACCUCUGCUAACU